AUGACCAGAACAAGACCAGAGGAAGAAGUCUUUGAUUUGGACCCAGAGAUAGACAGAACUCUAAGAACUAUCAGGAGGGAGAGAAAACAUGAAGGACAAGAUCAAGGAAAUCCAGAAAUUCCAAAUAUGGCCAACAAUAACAACAGGCCGAGACUCUUGAAGGACUAUGGAGUUCCCUCCAUACAAGGAUUCCAACCUAGUGUUACAAGAUCCAUAGUAGAUGCCACUAAUUUUGAACUAAAACCGGCAUGGCUCCAGAUGAUCCAACAGACCCAGUUUGGGGGUUCACCAACAGAGGAUCUGCACUACCACUUUCAGUGCUUUCUUGCCCUUUUUGAUUUUGUUAUCCUUGAGAUGGAAGAGGAUAUUCAAAUUCCUAUGAUCUUGGGAAGACCUUUCUUGGCAACCACCGGAGCAAUCAUAGACGUUAAAAACUGGCGGUUGACUCUCAAAGUAGGCGAUGAAGAAGUGGAAUUCAACUUGUUUGACACAAUGCAACACAAAUUCGAAUAUGAUGAAUGCCUUAGGGUUGACAUAGUUGAUAAGUAA